CAUCAUGAUGAGGAUCUUCACCAUUUUCACGGUUUUCUUUCUAUUCUUCUUCUUCUUCUUCUGCUGCUGCAACUCUAUUGACACCAUAACCUUCGACAACCCUCUAAAGGACGACGACCGCAAUCACCUCGUCUCCACCGCUGGGACCUUUGUUCUUGGAUUCUUCAGCCCCGGAAAAUCCACUAACCGCUAUAUCGGAAUUUGGUACAACUUCUCCACCGAAACCAUCGUAUGGGUUGCCAACAGAGACAACCCUGUUCGCGAUUCCUCCGGUGUUCUCUCUCUCGACCAAGCAGGAAACCUUGUCAUCACAGCUUCAAACUUGUCAACCCCACCGGUUUGGUCCACUACUAACUUCACAACCUCCCCAAAUCUGGUUUCCGCUCAACUUUCGGAUUCCGGGAACUUGAGGUUGCUUCGCGAUAAUGCCGUGGUAUGGCAGAGCAUCGAUCAUCCGACCAAUACUAUUAUUCCAUCCAUGAAACUCGGGCUGGACCGAAGGGCCAAUCGGUACACGGUCAUUACAUCUUGGAAGUCUCCAGACGAUCCCGGAACAGGGGAGUACACUUACAGAAUGGAUCUAACCGAGAUGCCCGAAUUGGUCUACGAACAGGGUCCGACGAGACGGCUGUGGAGAACCGGGCCGUGGAUAGGAAACGGUUGGUCGGGAAUACCCGAUGUGGUAAGCGAUGACUUCAUAUUAUUUAGUGCAGUGUACACGAACGAUCGAGAUGAGGUCACUCUUGCCUAUAGCAAUAGCAGCCCUUCCAUCAUCCCGAGGCUGGUGGCGAAUGAGACCGGCAACCUUCAAAGACUAGCGUGGCAGGAGGGUAGUCGUCAAUGGUUCGAGUCGUGGUCUUAUCAAAAUGAUAAAUGCAACAAUUACAAUCAUUGCGGGGCGUAUGGUAAUUGCGACCCUCAACCCACGAAUAGUUUCGAGUGCACUUGCCUACCUGGAUUUGAGCCGAAAUCGACGAUUGAUUGGUUCACGAUAAAGGAUGGUUCGGGUGGGUGUGUGAGAAAGCAAGGACGAACGGUUUGUAGAGAAGGAGAUGGGUUUGUGCCGGUAGAGAAUGCAAAGUCACCCGAUAUGAGAGUAGCACGCGUGAAUAUGAGCAUGGGAUUAGAAACAUGCAAAGAGAAUUGCCUGAAAAAUUGCAAUUGCACAGCUUAUGCAAGUUCAACCGAAGGUGAAGUUGGCUGCAUUACCUGGAUCGGAGAAUUGCUCGACAUCAGAGUCUUUCCCAUCGGCGGAGUCUUUCCCACCGGCGGUCAUACCCUGUUCGUGCGUGUUGAUAAUGUCGAACUAGCUGAAUAUUUGGAGUCGCAACAACGCCCAAGAAGGAAAAGAGUGGCAUACAUAAUUGUGGCUGCUACCACUAUUCCAUUAGCCCUAAUUGGUGCACUUAUAGUUUACUGUUACAUAACUCAAAAGAGGAGAAAAGAUCGAAAGAGAAACAAGCGACAUGUGUUGUUUACUACCGCUAAUGGGUCGUCGUCGUCGCAAGAAAAUUCCACGAGAGAAACACACAUAGAUGAUUUUCCCUUUUUUGACCUUAGUACAAUUGUUGCUUCCACCGAUAAUUUUUCCAUUUCCAACAAACUCGGAGAAGGGGGCUUUGGCAUGGUUUAUAAGGGGCGUUUAAGGAAUGGAGUAGAGAUUGCGGUUAAAAGGUUGGCGAAGAAUUCAGGACAAGGAACAGAAGAAUUUAAGAAUGAAGUUUGUUUAAUAGCCAAACUCCAACAUAGGAAUUUGGUGAGGCUAUUAGGAUCUUGUGUUGAACAUCACGAGAAGAUGUUGAUAUAUGAAUACUUACCAAAUAAGAGCUUGGAUUCUUUCAUCUUUGAUGAAGAGAAGCGUUCUCAACUCAAUUGGGAGAAACGGUUUAACAUUAUUUUGGGAAUUGCAAGGGGAGUGAUAUACCUUCAUCAAGACUCUCGAUUAAGAAUAAUUCAUAGAGACUUGAAAGCUAGCAAUGUUUUGUUAGACGAUGAAUUAAGUCCUAAAAUUUCGGAUUUUGGAAUGGCUAAGAUUUUUAAAAGUGAUCAGAUGGAAGCUAAUACAAAGAGGGUAGUUGGAACAUAUGGGUAUAUGUCUCCUGAAUAUGCCAUGGGAGGGUUGUACUCGACAAGAUCCGAUGUCUUCAGUUUCGGUGUCAUUUUGAUCGAGGUUCUCACUGGAAAGAAAAAUAGUAGUUAUUAUCGAGGCAACACGAUUAAUUUGAUUGGACAUACAUGGAGCUUAUGGAAAGAAGACAAGGCUUUGGAGAUAAUUGACAGGUCCAUGGGUGAUUCAUGGCCAGAGGAAGAAGUUCUUAGAUGUGUUCACAUAGGGCUACUAUGUGUACAAGAACUUGUUAUGGAUAGACCAACCAUGUCUGAUGUUGCUUUCAUGUUAUGUAAUGAAAUUGCUCUGCCUUUUCCCAAGCAGCCAGCUUUCAUCUUCACUGGGCAAGACAUGAAUGAUUCGUCGACAAGCGAUGUCAAAGCCAAAUCUAACAAUGGCCUCACCAUCACCCAAGUCGAGGCUCUUGGAGUGUCUCCUCUGGUUAUCAAACAUGAUUCUUAUGAAUGGAAAACUAAUCCAUCUAUCAUGAGCUUCUUCUCCCUUCUCAUUCUCAAGCUACAACUCUUUCUACUUUUGCAACAAGUUUUCUACUGCAACUCUCUACACACCAUAACCUUCGACAAGCCUUUAAAGGAUGAUGAUAACAAUCCUCUCGUCUCUACCGGUGGGAUCUUUGCUCUUGGAUUCUUCAGCCCCGGUGCUCGGUCGAGUAAUCGAUACAUCGGAAUUUGGUACUGCUUUUCCAAUCAAACCAUCGUAUGGGUUGCCAACAGAGACGACCCUGUUCUUGAUUCCUCCGGUGUUCUUGCUCUAGACCAAACAGGAAACCUUAUCAUCUCCUCCGCUUCAAACUUGUCAACCCCGGUUUGGUCUACGACGACGACGACUAAUGUCUCAACCUCCGGAAAUCGGGUUUUCGCUCAACUCUUGGAUUCUGGGAACUUCAGAUUGAUUCACGAUGAUGGGUCGGUCUUAUGGCAGAGCUUCGAUCAUCCCACCGAUACUAUGCUUCCGUUCAUGAAACUAGGGGUGGACCGAAAGACGGGUUUGAACAAGUUCCUUACAUCAUGGAAGUCUAGUGAUGACCCCGGGACAGGGGAAUUAUCAUUCAAAAUGGAUGUUACCGAGAUGCCCGAGUUGAUAUUUGAACAGGGUUCAAAUCGGCAGUGGAGAACCGGACCGUGGAUUGGAGGCGGUUUGGUGGGAAUACCAUUGAUGAUGACUAGCGAUUUCAAUUUGCAAGCCAGUUUCAUUGACAAUAAAGAUGAGGUCUCUCUCAUGUUUAGCAAUCGAGACGCUUCGGUCUUCUCAAGGCUGGUGGCGAAUGAGUCCGGCAACCUUCAGAGACUAGCUUGGCAGGAGGUCAAUCGUCAGUGGCACGAGUCAUGGUCAUACCAAAAGGAUCCAUGCAACCGCUACAACUAUUGUGGUGCAUAUGGAAACUGUGACCCUCAAUCUACUAGUCGUUUUGAGUGCAUGUGCCUGCCCGGCUUUGAACCCAAAUCUACAAUUGACUGGUUCACGAUUAGAGAUGGUUCGGGUGGGUGUGUGAGAAAACAAGGCCGACCAGCGUGCGGAGAAGGAGAUGGGUUUGUGCCGAUAGAGAAUGCUAAGUCACCUGAUACGAGAGUAGCACGGGUGAAUAUGAGCAUGGGACUUGAAACAUGUAGAGAGAAUUGUCUGAAAAAUUGCAAUUGCACAGCUUAUGCAAGUGCAACCGGAGGUGAAGUUGGCUGCAUUACCUGGCUUGGAGAAUUGCUCGACACCAGGGUCUUUCUGACCGGCGGCCAAACCCUGUACGUGCGUGUGGACCAAAUCGAACUAGCUGAUUAUUUAAAGUCACAGCAUCGCCCAAGAAACGCAGGAGGAAGAAUGAAGAAAAUGGCAUACAUAAUUGUGGCAUCUACCUCUAUACCAUUAGGGAUUAUGGUUUACUGGUUCAUAAUUCAAAAGAGGAGAUCAAAAGAUCGAAAGAGAAAUGAAAGGCGAAUGUUGUUAACUAUAUCUAAUGGUUCAUCACAAGAAUCCACGACAGGAAAAUCCUUGGACGAUUUUCCCUUUUAUGACCUUAGUAUCAUUGUUGCUGCAACCGAUAAUUUUUCAAUUUCAAACAAACUUGGAGAAGGCGGAUUUGGCACUGUUUAUAAGGGGCGUUUGAAAAAUGGAGUGGAGAUUGCUGUUAAAAGGUUGGCAGAAAACUCAAAACAAGGAGAUGAAGAAUUCAAGAAUGAAAUUUGUUUAAUUGCAAAACUCCAACAUAGGAAUUUGGUUAGACUGUUAGGAUGUUGUGUUCAACAACAUGAGAAGAUGUUGAUAUAUGAAUACUUACCCAAUAAGGGUUUGGACUCUUUUAUAUUUGACAAGGAUAAAUGCUCUCAACUCAAUUGGGAGAAACGGUUUAACAUUAUUUUGGGCAUUGCAAGGGGAAUGAUUUAUCUUCACCAAGAUUCUCGAUUGAGAAUAAUUCAUAGAGAUUUGAAAGCUAGCAAUGUGUUGUUAGACGAUGAAUUAAAUCCCAAGAUUUCUGAUUUUGGAAUGGCUAAGAUUUUUAAAGGUGACCAAAUGGAAGCAAAUACAAAGAGGGUAGUUGGAACAUACGGAUAUAUGUCUCCUGAAUAUGCCAUGAGAGGAUUGUACUCGACAAGAUCUGAUGUCUUCAGUUUCGGUGUCAUUUUGCUUGAAAUUAUCAGCGGAAGGAAAAAUAACAGUUAUUACGGGGAGGACACAAUUAAUUUAAUUGGAUAUGCAUGGAAUUUGUGGAAAGAAGGCAAUGCUUUUGAGAUAAUUGACAGAUCUAUGAGUGAUUCAUACCCUCGAGAAGAAGCUCUUAGAUGCUUUCACAUAGGACUUUUAUGUGUCCAAGAAUUUGUCGUGGAUAGACCGAUCAUGUCGGAUGUUGCUUUCAUGUUAUGUAAAGAAAUGGAUAUACCUCCUCCGAAGCAACCCGCAUUCAUCUUCAAAAGACGAGAUAUGAAUGAUUCACCAAAAAGUGUCGAAACAAACUCUAUGAAUGGCCUUACCAUCACUCAGAUUGAUGCCAGAUGAAAUUAUUGGAAGGAAAUGAAAUGUAUAGAAUUUGUGGAAAGAGAGUUAGUUAAUAGAAUAUGGUAAUUUAAUUAAAUAAUUGUUAAUAGUGUUAUUUUA